AUGAAAAAUUUAAUACCUUUGCUUCUUGGAUUAGGUUUCUUAAAAAUAAAAAGAUAUUCAGUGGCGAAAGCAAGUAUAGCAGAGGUUACAACAUUAAUUAAAAAGUUUAAUGGUGUGGGAAUAAGAGAAAUUACCAAUGGAAUAGGCAUUACAUUUUUUGGGAAAGAUCUAAAAAUCGAAAAAGACUUGAUAUUUAAUUGGCAAGAGAACUUAAUUUCUUCAAAAAUAUGCAGUGGACAAAGAACAGAAGGUUUUAAGGAAGUUGUUAAGCUUAGAGGCACUUAUCUUGUAAGAAAUGAAAAAUACUCGGAUAAAAUUCACGAACCCUUUGCUAUCAUUGAAAAUCAAGAUCAACCCGCUGAAUCUUAUAGAAGAAUAGAUUGUUAUUUGUUAUUAACUAAAACAAUAAUAUGUAAAAAUUGUCAAAAAUUAGAAAAUACAUUAAAGAAAAUAAAAACCCGAAAUGAAAAGGAGGCGAAUAUUGCACCACUGGAAUCGUCACCCACUGCAAGAAUUGAAUUAAAAAACUUAAUUUCUAAAUAUAGACCAGAAAAUGACAAAAAUAGGUUAACGGUUAUGUUAGCUAAUAAUUUAACUGGAAGUGAAAAAUUAAAACCUAUUGUUAUUAGCAAACAUUGUAAUCCACGAUGUUUCAAAAAUCUCAAUCGUGCAACAUUACCAAGUAGUAAAAAUAAAGAAACCGAUGAAUUAAGAGAAUUUAGUGAAUUAAGUGAAAUCGAAGAAAUCUUCAAUAGUAAUCACAAAAACCGUAAAGGUCAUAAUCGUCGAAAUAGAGGUAAAGGUAGAGUCAGAGAUCGUGAUUAUAAAGAUCGUGAUUAUAAAGAUCGAGGUGACUGUGAAGAUCGUGAUAAUCAGGAAAAUUAUGAAAAAAGUUCUUCAAAAAAAUUAAAAACUGCAGAUGACAGAUGA